CCAUGAACAUCUCCAGCGGCGGGUGCGUGGGGGGUUUCGGGUUUGCCUCUUGCUCAGAGCUCGGGCUGCGGUGAUGAACACAGUCAGUCAGCGCUACAAACCACCGGCUCUUGACCGUGUAGCAGCACUGCAGUUCACGGGAUUUUCACGAGCGACCGCUGCACUGCAGGCAUUCACCAGGUGAAAAGGUUAACAAUGCACUGACCGACAGGGUCUCAAGGCUCUGCCACGGUUGCCAAAGCAUGAAUGUGAUCGUGUGAAGGAGCGACGGAUGACCUUUGUGUGGAUAUGAAGAUGAACUGAAGCAAUCCUUCAUUCUGACUGCAUUCAUGAAGCAUAAUUGCGGUUGUUUGGUGGCCGGUUGCAUUGGCUGAGUGUCCUUGAGCGUCCAUUGAGCAGUUCUUUAAAUGGUCAUGGCGAAGAAAACCGAGUCCCUUAAUCUGUCCUUCCUCCUGGAGCACGAAAGGCAGAUGAUCCUCAAUGUCCUUCAGAAAGACGAGAAGCUCCGCAAACGAGAGGAGAAACGCAUCAGGAAGUUGAAAAAUGAACUUCUGGAGCUGAAGCGAGCCGGGCGACGUAGUUCGGCGGAUCAGCGUGAGUGUGCCAUAUGCCUGCGGGCGCUGGGGCUCAUCCUACAGAGGGGUAAUGUGUGCUCCAACUGUCAGCGGCGCAUCUGCAACUUCUGCACCGCUACGCCUACAGGCAGCAACUGCAAAUGCACAGUGUGCGCGAAGACUGCGGAGCUGAAGGUGGUUACAGGAGAGUGGUUUCUGGAGGAGAGAUCCAAGCGGUUUCAGUCUGCCGCUGUGCCCAGCUGUGAUGUAGUCAAACAGUCCAUCCUCAGCAGUCCUCCAGAUGGAGGCUCUGCUAACAGACCAUUAGAGAUGGAGAGAUCGUCCACACCACAGUCUGAAAGAUCGGUUACGCCUCAAUCCCAGAAAAGCACAGGGAAGAACAGAAAAGGGAAGAGAGCGGUUGCAGUGGAACCAUCAGGUUUACCAACUGUACCCAAUAACAUGAGAGCACAAAUGGCUAAAACGCCGACCCAGACGGAGGCAAGAAACAGGCCUGAUGGGGCAGAGAGCGUGUCUAGUAUACAGAGCAGUGACAGCAUCCCUGAAAAGAUGGCGGAUGGGCGGAGACAAACAGAUUCCAGCACACCCUCCAUCGCCGUAUCCAGAGCCUCCCUCUCAUCAGAUCGCAGCCGCUCAGAGGUGGACCUCAGUAAUCCUGGAGAGGGAUUGAGUGAAGAUCCUCUGAUCAGCCGGUGCCGCUCAGUUCCUGGACUCAACGAUGGGGACUCGGAUGAGGACAUUGAUGCGGUGUUAUCAGCACACUACAAAACCAACCGGAGCGUCUGCAGUGCACAAUCAAUGUCUUCCACUCCUGCCUCGGAGAGAAAGUGGGGUUUCCUUAAUGUACCAGAUUCAGAUGCUGACACUACCAGCAUCAACAGUCUGAUGAGUGUGUACAGUGAGACGGGGGACUAUGGCAGUGUUCGGGUUUCGGGGGAGAUCCUGCUGAACAUCUCUUACAGCUAUAAAACCGGGGCUCUCAACGUGCUCGUCCGCGAGUGCCGCUGCCUAGCAACCGGAGAUGAGAGGAGACAGCGCACGGAUGCCUAUGUUAAAACCUAUCUCCUGCCAGACAAGUCCCGUCAAAGCAAGCGCAAAACCAGCAUCAAAAGCAACAGCACAAACCCAGUGUUCAAUGAGAACCUGAGGUACGUGGUCAGCCACUCUCAGCUGGAGACGCGAACGCUGCAGGUCUCAGUCUGGCAUCAUGAUCGUUUCGGACACAACAACUUCCUGGGGGAAACAGAGAUCACCUUUGACUCCUGGGAGUUUGACACACAGAUAGAGGAAUGGUUCGCUCUGCAGCCUAGAAUUGAGUCUGAUUAUGUGGACUCAGUAAUGCACUAUAAAGGUGAACUGACGGUGGUUUUGAAGUACAUUCCUGCAGAGAGAAACGUCUCCCUGCCUCUGGACCAAGUACAAGUGAAAAAGGGAUUUCUUAAAGGAAAGAAGAAGACCAUCACUCUCCCUAAAGGAGGAAUGGUGGAGCUGCUGGUCAAAGAGGCAAAAAACCUGACAGCUGUCAAAGGAGGCUCUUCUGACCCAUUCGUAAAAGGAUAUCUGCUGCCGGAUGACAAGAAGAGCACAAAGCACAAGACGGCGGUGGUGAAGCGCAGUGUAAACCCACGCUGGAAUCACACGUUCACCUACUGCGGCCUGCAGCACAGUGAUCUGGACAGUGUGUGUUUGGAGCUCACCGUGUGGGACCGAGAGCCCUUCGCCAGCAACGUCUUCCUCGGUGGAGUGAGGCUCGGUGCUGGGACAGGUCUGAGUUAUGGGAAGGAAGUGGACUGGAACGAUGCUUACGGGGAGGAGCAGCGGCUCUGGCAGCGCAUGAUUGACAACCCUGAGGUUCCUCAAGAGUGCACACUGAUGUUGAGAUCCAGCAUGGCCAGGAGGAAGACGGACUGACAGCAGAAAAGAGUUUCCCCGGCAAUACUCAUCAUACAGUAUCUCAUCGCCUCUAGACACUUUCAAGUGCUCUUUAUGUUCUUGAGCAGUACCCGGACCAACCAGAUUCUCAUUUCAAUGGUACUCAUGCACUUCAAAUGAUCUAAACACAUCUGUGGAACAUAUUAAGGGCCUCUGAGGUCCUGUUUACACCUGGCAUUGAGAUUCAUCUGUUGGUUAGCAAAAGAAGGGGUUUUUCUACACACAGGAUUAUCACAUUUCUUAAUGGACUAGUGAGUGUGUAUUAAGCACAAAAAACGAGAUUACCUUUUUAAUCUAAGCACAAACAUAAAGUUUUAGGCAGCAUUUAUAAUUAUUUAUUUGUAUUAAAGACAAAAUGAUGAUUCUGUCAUCAUUUAUUUACCCUUUAAAUGGAUAGUUCACCCCAAAAUGAAAACUACCUCAUCAUUUACUUGACCUCAUGUGCUUUCAGACCUGUUCGAGUUUCUUCCUUUUGUCUCCACCAAAGAAGAUAUUUUGAAAAAUGCUUGUUGAGGGUAACCACUGACUUAUGCAGUAGGAAAAAAGUACUAUGUAAGUCAAUGGGUCCAAUCAACCAGCAUUCUUUAAAAUAGCUUCUUUUGUGUUCAACAGGGGCCAGUUGCACCAGCAGUGCGUAAGUUAAAACAUAGCCUAGUUGUGAAUUAAAGGGACACUAGGUUACAACUUACGCAUUAUUACAUUUUUUUUUUGUUGCACCACAGAUUUUAGUUUAAACAUAACACUACGUUCUGACUAAAUAUUUAUGGCAGCCAUAUCACCCCCCCACCCGGUAUAAAAGACAUGAAGAAAAGUUUAAUUUUCUACCAAGUAGUGAUUCAAGAGUUCCCACUUAGCUGAUGAUUGACUAUAAAGCUUGUUUGGCAUGCUGUCCCUGGAGAGAGAGCCCUGAGCUCAUCCCUAACGUUUGCAAGGCGAGAGGGAAGUUUGAGAUCAGGUAGAUCUCGAGAACUCCUCUGCGGUAGUAGCUAAUGAAGAGAUAGUGAUUGCUCUUAAGAAAUAAACUACUUACUACAGGGGUGCUCAACCCUGUUUCUGGAGAUCUACCUUCCUACAGAGUUCAGCUCCAACCCUCAUCAAACACACCUGAACCAAUCAAUUACAACUCCAACAGCACUUGAUAAUUACAGGCAGGUGUGUUUGGUGAGGGUUGCAACUGCAAUCUGCAGGAAGGUAGAUCUCCAGGAACAGGGUCGGUCACCCCUGACUUACUAGGUGCAUGUCUAUGGUGCCAAUUUGGAUUAGUCAAUUAACUUAAGUUGCAUGUUUUUGGAAGGUGGGAGGAAACAGAGGAACCCGGGGGAAAUCCACGUGAGCACAGGGAGAACAUGUAAACUGCGCACAGAAACGUCGGCUGGUUUGGUAAGGACUAGAAGCAGUAAUGUUCUUGCUGUGAGGCAACAGUGCUAACCACUGGGCCACCGUGUCACCCAUCUAGGAAAGGAGCAGGAGUAGGGGUGGAAGGGGGGUUCUUCAAAACGAAGAUGGCUCUUAUAUGGAACUUGGAGUGUUUAUAGUGGAUUAGGAAUCGUCUGAUUGGUGAAUCAUAAAUUGGAUAAUGCAGGGCCAGCCGCAAGCAAUCAUAAGCAUGUGAUCCUAGAUUAUAAAUAAACUUCACUUUGUGUUAAUUGUGUCCAUCAAUUAAGAUGAGUUUUUUUCUUGCUCUUUUCUCUUUCAUAUGUAGAAAAUAAAAAAUCAAGUUUAAUGUUUCGAUAACUUUGUAUUCACGGCUCGCGAUGAAGGUGUGUGCGUUGACUGUAGUGACUGACUGUAAUUUAAUGUACAAUAAAAUUUGUAUAAUUUUUUAUUUUAUAAAUUUUUAUCAUUUAUAAUUUUUUUAGGACACAUAUAUAGAUGCAUUAGUUGCAGAAUUGUACUACAGUUUGAUUUAAAUGCUUUUUAUUGGAUAUUACCUUAAGAACAUGUGGUGCAACCGAAGUGAGAACAAAUUUAGUUACAAACUAGCUAGUAGUUACUAAGGCAGUAGUGUGGACUUUUCGUUCCAGUUUAAGAAAGAACUUACGAACAGCUGGUGCAACUCUACCCGGAAGAAACCUCAAAUGGGUUCUGCACAAGUGAAGGGUGAGUAAAUGAUAACAGAGAUUUCAUUUCUGGGUCAACUAUCCCUUUAAACCUGUAUGAAUUCUUGCCCCUGCUGAACACACAAAAGCAGAUAUUUUGAUGAACCAAAUGGUUUCUAGUCCCUGUAGACUUCCGUACAAUUGUUAUUUACUACAGAAGUCAUCAAAAAUGGGACCAGCAAACUGUGUACUUUCCACUUUAUUGAUUUUGAAUAACUUGAGGCUGAGUAAAUGAUGCUGCCGCAUGUAACUAGCAAACAUUGACAUUACAGUGAAUGAUUCGCUGGUCUAGGCACUACUUUACCAAUGUGAUUUACAGGUUUUUCAACCAUCUCUAAAGGUAAGUCCGCAUUACCAGAUUUCUUGGAAUGAAAUGUUGAUUGUGUGCUUUUCAAUAGUGUAGAAACAAAUGAAGCACAGCUCAGUCGCAGAAGUCAAACCAACAUUUUUACGUUGACCAACAUACCAAAUUUGCUGCUGAAAAAACUGCUAAUGGGAACUUUUGAAUUUGGAGUUGAAUAGAUUUUUGUUGUGGAUUCACAUUUUGGACAACUGAGGCCCAGAUUCACAAUGACUUUUUAUCAAUCCGAUAACAACUGGCCAACAGGAUAAAUACAGGUACAGUUUGGAUACAUCAGAUGGCAGUCAUCUUGUAAAAGCAUGAGGUUGAUUGUGAACCUCUGUGCAUAGACAUGCUGUCGGAAAGUGUGCCAAAACAGGGUGUUCAUUCUGCACUAUACCCAAACGCAUGGAUUAAGAUAGAAACUGUAGUUGCCAUCCGCAUCCUUUAUUAUUUGCUUGCUUUCCUGUUCACUUGAUGGCCAUUUAACAUUGGAUUGUUGAUUCAGUAACUCACUUGUGCGUCACACCGAAAGUUCCUGUGAAAGUGAUGUAGAGCGUGACAAAAUAAUAAGGAAGGCUUUCAACAAAGUCUGAACACAAGAGGUCACAAGAGAUGUAUUUGAAUGCAUGUUAAAGGGAUAGAUCACCCAAAAAUGAAAAUUGUACUCUCCCUCAACUGAAUCCAAACCUCCAUGACGUCCAUAGUAGGAAAAACAUUAUGGAAGUCAAUAGUUACCCAUUUCUUUAGAAUAUCUUCUUCUGGGUUUAACAGGAGAAAGAAACUCAAACAGGUUUUUUACAAGCGAAGGGUGAGUGAAUGAUGACAGAAUUUUAGUUUUGGGUGAACUAUGUCUUUAAUACCAGGCAGAGAUGGGGCCUGCAUGUGUCAAAUCUCAAACCAGGUGUAAAUGUUGCUCCACACUUCAUGUCAACCCAGAUGUGAUUAUACUUUGAAUCAAAACCAGAUCGUCAUAAGUUUUGCCUAGCACAUAAGAACUAUUUAAAAAGAGCACAGUGAACAUCACCAAUAAGAGGUCAUGUUUGUCCUUAAAGAACAAAGCACAAAGCACUUCCUCCCUGCACAUACACAACAAGAAAAACAUAAAUCCAGUUUGCACAAAUAUCACCGCUUGCACGUGAGAGAGUCAUAUUUUUAUGAGCAUGUUGACAUGCACAAAAGAUUGAUGAUAUUAUGAUAAACAUUAAAACUGAUGCUGACUGUUUAAUUUCAUACCUAAUUAAUUUGGAAUUGGAUUCAAAAGUGCUUUAUGCAUACUUUUAGUGUAAAAAAAAUAGAUGUGUGGCGUAAAAAGAUAUAUCUGGGAACAGUAAGGUUCAUGAACUUGAUUAGAGGCAACCGGAGCCUAGAGAUGCCAUCUUGAUUCACAGUUCCCCUAAAACUCUAGUGUUUUUUUGGUAAAAUGAUAGUCGUAAAUCCAAAUGUGGAGUAGAUUAAGACACCAUUAGACUGUUUGCUAAAGACCAGUCAGUCAGCAUGCAUAAUAUUACAUUGACAAUGUUGUUGUCUGAUAGAUUUCUCCAUCUGCCACAGUUUUAUCACAUAGACAGCCUCACCCCAAAGGAGAAAGUAUUGUAGCAUUGGAAAAAGUGCUAAAGCAUAAUAUUUAUUCAAACCAAAAAAACUGAAAAGACCUCGGACUAAAAUGAACUAUAGAAAUGUUACUGGUUCGAGCUGAGUUUAUAGUAGAAAAGUGGAUCGAAAAAGACCCCCACAGAUAUAACACAUAUGCACCGGGGGUGUAACAAUACACAUUUGUACUGAAUUCUUUCAGCUGUUGGUCUUUUAUUUCAUUUGUAUUUUUAGAGAAGGAAUGCUGUGUUUUAUCAGCUACACAUGCAGAGCUCUGCGUACUGUGGAACGAAAUUUCAAAAACCAAGAUCCCACCUUAGAACAUGUGACAAUAGAAUUUACUGAUAUACUUUGUAAUGUAAUGCAUUACAUUACAUGAUAUACUUUGACUGCUUUUAUUAGCUGUCCUCAGUUUGAGUCACAGUAUCAGAGUAAAACUAAAGCAGUCUUUGCCGCCCUUUUCAGUGGCACUCACCAGUGUGAUUAAAUUGUUGGCUUGAACCACAGAGCCAACCCAGUUUGGGUAAUGGAUGACCGCUAGUAGGAGCUGUGCAUUGAAAAAUCUCACUUCCAUGGCCUCAAGAGGUCCACUAGUCUCUGAUGCUAAAGGCUAUGACUUUUAGUGUUUUUGUCAGUGUGCCCAUGAUUCUUUUGCUGGAAAUGUCAGUUCAAACCCUACUCAUUAUGGGGCAAAUAGAACCACAGAGGUCAAAUUGGUGCCAUGACCCAGUUUGGGGGGGCGAGUGUAAUGGAGGUCAGCUACAAUAGUAGGAGCUGAAUUAACUGAAGUCAUAAGUCUACAUUGAUAUUUUUGUAAUUUCAACAAACAAUAUUUAGCUAACAUAUUUUGCAUUCUGAAGUAUAAGCACUUCAUUAUCCUCCCCAUUUAGCAAAAGCCUUAUAUAGCAACACUAACUGUUUAAGGUCUGCAUGAAAAGGAAGCUGUGACUUUUUCCCCCAUAUUGUGAUGUAAAUCCAAUAGAAACGGAAUAUUCAAUGAGAAAACAGUGGGCGUGGCUUGUUUUUUUCUACUGUGAGCUGAUUGGAUGUAGUAAAGUAGUCAUUUCAUUCAAAAAGAUCAGGAAAAUGGUUCAGGGAGAGUUAUUACAAGCUAACAGACUCCUCCUCCUCCUCCUCCUCCUCCUCACUAUUUCUGUUUGUUGUCAUAGCGCUGUCAAAACUGACAGUUGGAGGGGCUUGGAUAUGUUAGCCACACCCAAUACCUCAGACAGACGUAAUCUGAGAAUUGAACUGAAAACAGGAAGUGCAUUUCCAGAUUUCAAUUUUAGAUUACAAUGGCAAAUCUUUUUCUUUUCUUAAUGACAUCACCACAAAAUUACCAACAUGAGCUAACAAAAUCACUAUUGUUACUUUUGAUUUCAUGUGUACUUUAAAGUUGAUUUGUUUCAGAAGGCCACUGUUUAAUAAAGGAAAACAUAUUUUUCCUUGCAAUACUGCAAACUUACUGAACCCUGCCUUCAAAACGGUCAUUUGUGUUUGUUACACCCCUAAUUUGCAUACAUAUUGCACAACGCCUACAUCCCCUACAGCGAGUUUUGAGGCGAGAGUAACAGUUAAUUCUCGCAGUUGAUCGUUUUCGAGCCGUCAUGUCACUGUGAAGUCUCCAUGAAUAAUGUGCACACCCCCUUCCAUUCUUAAUAUUCCUGUUAGCAUCAGUCAAGUGAAUAGAAAUUAUGACAAUUUAUAAUAAACUGAGAGAUUCUGUGGCAUGUAUAAGGCUUUAUCAAUGUCGAUGUUUGACAUGUCUAAUAUUGUCUGAAGCUGUUUAACUCUCAGCAUGUUCUGUGUGUGUGUGUGUGCUGUUUUCAUCUCACGUCAGGACGACUGUGUUUAGGACUGUUCUGUACUGUACUUUAUCAUUGCUACAAAAAAAA